GUCUCUGUCCAUGGAUUCUAAAUCAGUUGUAGACUUAAUAGAAGCCUCCUCAGGGGUUCAUUUUUCCGGAUUUCACAUGGAUGGUUUGGAGCAAAGAAAUACAGAGGUGGAGCAACCAACUACCUCAGCUACAGAUAACUUUCAUAAACAACCUUUUGUCAUUGGGGUUGCUGGUGGAGCAGCAUCUGGUAAGACCACAGUUUGUGACAUGAUUAUACAACAGCUUCAUGACCAGCGUGUUGUUCUUGUUAAUCAGGAUUCCUUUUAUCAUAAUUUGACUCAAGAAGAACUUUCACGUGUAUAUGAGUAUAACUUUGACCAUCCUGAUGCAUUUGACACUGAGAAACUGUUAUCUUCUAUGGAUAUGUUGAGGCAUGGGCAAGCAGUGGAUAUUCCAAAAUAUGACUUCAAAAGUUACAAAAGCAAUGUGUUUCCAUCCAGAAGGGUCAAUCCGUCCGAUGUUAUAAUUUUGGAAGGAAUUCUCAUUUUCCAUGAUCCCCGUGUACGGGAGUUGUUGAAUAUGAAGAUAUUUGUUGAUACAGAUGCUGAUGUUCGUUUGGCUAGGAGAAUAAGGCGUGAUACAGCGGAGAAGGGCAGGGAUAUUGGUACUGUUCUUGAUCAGUACUCAAAAUUUGUGAAGCCUGCUUUUGAUGACUUUAUUCUUCCUACAAAGAAGUAUGCUGAUAUCAUUAUUCCUCGUGGAGGUGAUAAUCAUGUAGCCAUUGAUUUGAUUGUACAACAUAUAUGUACGAAGCUUGGUCAGCAUGACCUUUGUAAAAUAUAUCCUAAUUUAUACGUCAUUCAGUCAACGUUUCAGAUACGGGGCAUGCAUACCCUCAUACGUGAUUCUCAAACAACAAAACAUGAUUUUGUUUUCUAUGCUGAUCGGUUGAUUCGUUUGGUUGUUGAACAUGGCCUGGGACAUCUACCAUUUACAGAAAAGCAGGUGGUCACUCCAACUGGGUCUGUUUAUACUGGUGUAGACUUCUGCAAGAGAUUAUGUGGUGUUUCUGUUAUAAGGAGUGGUGAGAGCAUGGAGAAUGCUUUAAGAGCAUGCUGUAAAGGUAUCAAGAUUGGGAAAAUUCUUAUUCAUAGAGAAGGGGACAACGGUCAGCAGCUAAUCUAUGAAAAACUACCUCAGGAUAUCUCAGAUAGGCAUGUGUUACUAUUGGAUCCUAUCCUAGGCACAGGGAAUUCUGCUGUUCAGGCUAUAUCUUUGCUUCUGAGGAAGGGUGUACCGGAGUCCAACAUUAUAUUUCUCAAUCUUAUAUCUGCACCUCAAGGUGUACAUGUGGUCUGCAAAAGCUUCCCAAGGAUUAAGAUUGUGACGUCUGAGAUUGAAAUUGGUCUGAAUGAAGAUUUCCGUGUCAUACCUGGCAUGGGUGAAUUUGGGGACAGAUAUUUUGGAACCGAUGAUGAUGACCAGCAAAUGGCGGCUGCUCCACAGUAAUUCCAUCAAAGCUGCCUUCUUGGUCUAAUUCAUUUAUCAUUUUCAGUUAUCAUCAUCAGCAGUCAUGAAUAUCAGCUAGAACUUGCUUGACUAAAUAUUGUGCUGGGUGCUGCUUUUCGAGAGUUGAAAAGAUUUUGACUUCAUUAAAGUGAGAAAUCACCAUCAUUUUAAAAACUUCUUUUAUAUAAUUCUGUCUUGGAAAUUUUGUUGCAAACUGGGGGGUGUUUUAAAUUUCAAGUGUCUUUAGUUAAUUCUCUCAAAAUACCUUGAAAAAGGGUUGGAUGGUUACAAAAAUUACAUUUAGGCAGAGUGAGUGAUGUUUUGACUCUGUAUCUGUGCACUAUAUAUAUAUAUAUAUAUAUAUAUAUAGAGUCUAGCCCCCAUAAAAAUUUUACUAUACAUACAAUUUUUGUGGCAUUUUGGGGAGUAACAUUCAGUGACAAAUGAAAAGCCUCCUCCCCAUGAUAUAUGUAUUUACUCCAUAUACUCAUUAUAUGAUAUGAUAAUAAAAAUAUAUUUUACUGAAAA